UGACCCGCUAGCUCUCCACGCCCGCAAAAUCUUAGUCUCCAGCCCCUGGCAGGCGGUUGAGGAAACCCCGUGCCAUCAGCCGACGCCAUUUUCCAGAGAGAGGCAGUGACAUGGAGCCAGCGUAGGCUGAGAUACGGGAGGAGCGGGGUUUGUACACAUUGGGGCUGUAGUCUGCACGGGCACUGCAAAGCUAUUUUUCAAUUUUAUUUUUUCCCUCUUCUCACUGCAAACUGUUUAUUUCCCCGCCAGCCAGCCACUCACCCAGCCUGCCCUCUCCUGUUGCCUGAUAGCCCGUGUAACGGUCCCGGGGGCUGCCUGCUAUUGACGUCGCCUUUCCUGUCACCUCAGGAGCCGCUGGCAGAGCUCCCCAUACCGCCUGCAGGGGCUCACAGCGGGACACUAGGGGGGAUAGGGGGUGUGUGUCCGGUUUAGCCCAGUCCUGUUUCCUGGAUUUUGCAUACUGUAGAGUGACUGCACCUCCUGAUAGCAUUACAGCUUCCCGAUGAUUACCUGUGGUAGGCAUUAACUGCCUUUCUGUAUCCAGAGGGCAAGUUUUCGUAUAUCCAGACAGAUAAAGUUGUGAAGGAGAUGGAUCUGAAGCUUGGAGCACUGCAAGUAGAUUCUGAGAGAGCCCCUGAUUGAGGAUUUGUGGAUGCACUUAGAUGUUUGCAAUGAGCACUGUGGCUGGCAUGCCCCAGUGUUUUGGAUCCCGAUGCAGAGGACUCCGUAGUAAUCGAAUUUAUCAGAAGCGAACGUCAUGAGCAUUGUGAUCCCUUUGCGGAUUGAGACAGCAGAAACUCCAUAUUUGGAAAUGGCUGCAGGCUCAGAACCAGAAUCUGUCGAGGCUAGCCCUGUGGUAGUUGAGAAGUCAAACAGUUAUCCACACCAGAUAUAUACCAGCAGUUCUCACCACUCGCACAGCUAUAUUGGUUUGCCUUAUGCGGAUCACAAUUAUGGUGCUCGGCCUCCACCAACACCUCCGGCAUCUCCUCCUCCUGUUCUUAUUAAGAAUGAAGUUAGCAUAUAUACUACUCCUCAUUUUGACGAAACCUCCAGUGCUACAACAAUCAGCACUUCUGAGGAUGGAAGCUAUGGAACUGAUGUCACUAGAUGCAUCUGUGGCUUUACCCAUGAUGAUGGUUACAUGAUUUGUUGUGAUAAGUGCAGUGUCUGGCAACAUAUUGAUUGCAUGGGAAUCGACCGACAAAAUAUUCCAGAUAUCUACUUGUGUGAGCGUUGUCAGCCAAGAUCUUUGGACAAAGAGAGAGCCGUUUUGCUUCAGCAAAGAAAAAAGGAACAUUUGUCAGAUGAUCUUCAAACCUGCUACAAUGGUAGAGGCAACAGCGGAAGCCUUUUAUCUGAUGGUGACACAAGUGCAACGGAGAGUUGUGAUGAAGUUCCUAUGGAGCUGUAUACGGCUUUCCAGCACACCCCUACAACACUUACCCUCACUGCUACUAGAGUAACGAAGGUGAAUGACAAAAAGAGGAAGAAAAGUGGUGAAAAGGAGCAGAGCUCUACCAAAUCUAAGAAGGCCUUCCGUGAAGGUUCAAGAAAAUCAUCUCGUGUUAAGGGUUCCGCUCCUGAAAUUGAUCCUUCUGACAAUUCCGCUUAUGGAUGGGAGAAUAAAAUCAAAACUUGGAUGGACCACUAUGAAGAAGCCAACAAUAACCAAUAUAGUGAAGGAGUUCAAAGAGAGGCACAGAAGAUUGCUCUGAGACUGAGCUGUGAAAAUGACAAGAAGGAACAGAUUGGGAAGUCUAACUUCAGCACCAGCAACCUGAUAUUUAAACCACCAGUAGAGAGCUUCUUACAAAAGAACAAAAAAAUCCUGAAAGCUGCCAAAGAUCUUCUUCCUGAAACUCUUAUUAUUGAGUACAGGGGGAAGUUUAUGCUUAGAGAACAAUUUGAGGCAAAUGGAUAUUUCUUUAAAAGGCCGUAUCCAUUUGUUUUAUUUUAUUCAAAAUUUCAUGGGCUCGAGAUGUGUGUUGAUGCAAGGACAUUUGGUAAUGAAGCUCGAUUUAUAAGACGUUCUUGUACUCCUAAUGCUGAGGUACGACACAUUAUUGAAGAAGGAACCAUUCAUCUAUAUAUUUACUCGACUGCAAGCAUUCCAAAAGGAACAGAGAUCACCAUUGCUUUUGAUUUUGAUUAUGCAAAUUGUAAAUACAAGGUAGAUUGUGCGUGCCUAAGAGAAAAUCCUGAAUGCCCCGUUCUCAGAUGCAGUUCAGAACCUACAGAAAAUCUCAGCAGUGGUUACGAAACAAGAAGAAAAAAGGGGAAGAAAGAAAAGGAGCUUUCCAAAGAAAAAGAGUGUCAAAACCAGAAUCUUAUUACAGACGCUGAAGGAACAAUUAACAAACUGAAAACACCAGAUAACAAGCAGAGAAAGCUUUCCCCCUUAAGACUAUCGAUAUCUAAUAACCAGGAGCCAGAUUUUAUUGAUGAUAUAGAAGAAAAAACUCCUAUUAGCAAUGAAGUAGAAAUGGAAUCUGAGGAGCAGAUUGCAGAAAGGAAAAGGAAGAUGACAAGAGAAGAAAGGAAAAUGGAAGCUAUUCUUCAAGCUUUUGCAAGGCUGGAAAAGCGAGAGAAACGAAGAGAGCAGGCAUUAGAAAGGAUCAGUACAACUAAACCUGAUAUUAAAAUUGAAGCAAAAGACUUGCAAAUCCUCAGUGAAUCUGAACUACCACAGGAACCUGUGAAAGAGGAGCCUGUCAGCAAACCUACACCUGCCAAAAUAAAUCGCACGAAGCAGCGAAAAAGUUUUACAAGAAGCAGAACCCACAUUGGACAGCAGCGUAGACGCCAUAGAACAGUUAGCACUUGUUCAGAUAUUCAGCCAUCUUCUCCAGAUGUUGAAAUUACACCACAGCAUGCUGAACCUGAAAACUGUGCUCUUGCAGAAGAACAUAUCAAUGAAAAUGCUGAUACACCAGUGGAUACUGAAGAAGUUAAAGAAAUUGAAUCACCUAUCCACAACAAAUGUUCUGUAAAGUACCCUAAAACUAAAAAGUCUUGCGUAAGCACUUGUGUGGCACUUCAAAAAUGGAAGGACACUCUUGUUACACACUUGGUAAAUGAAUGGUUAAAUGAAAAGCAUGAGAAGCCUGGGAAAACUGGAGAGACUUUCCUGGAAAGACCUCUGCGCAUAACCACUGACCCGGAAGUCCUUGCAACUCAGUUGAAUUCCCUCCCUGGACUAAUUUACAGUCCCCAUACAUACACCACUCCAAAGCAUUAUAUCCGAUUUACAUCGCCAUUCCUUUCUGAGAAGAAAAAGAAAAAGGAUGAAGAGACUGUUUCGAGUUGUUGUAAAAAGCGGUGGUUAAAACAAGCAUUGGAAGAAGAACAUUCUUCUCCAGUAAAUCCAUUUGAUUCUCCUGCUCAAGAUCGAUCUCAAAGUCCAAUUACAUUUAAUGAAAACAAGUGUCAUUUAGUUAUGAAUGGCAGCUGUCCUCUACCGGAUUUGACAACUCCCUUAAAAAAACGAAGACUGUUUCAUUUGUUGGACUGUGCAUAUUCUGAAAAUUCGACACCUACUGCAUCACCUUAUGCUACACCUACACAUACGGAUAUUGUCUCCACAGAUACAUUGUUUGCAACUCCACCCAGGGUAAAAAUAGAGGAUGAAACUUGUCGUAGUAUUUGUAAACAGAUUUAUUCACCAGUUACCCCUGUUACUCCUUGCGUCCGUGGAAACCAAGUUCAUUUUGAGAGCAUUUCGUCACCAGAUAGCUCACCUGAAGUAAACAGAAGAUCAUGUGCUCAGGAGGUUAAUGAGCGAGCACCUACAGCCCUUGUACUGAAUUCUUUAAGGAAUUCUAAUUUAGCUGAUAUUCGACUGCAGGAAAUAAAGACUAUUGGCUAUUUAAGCCCAAUGAAUAGGACAGAUGUGAAUAGACAGUGCACAGAAAAUGAAGUUGCAUCAGACCUUAACUUGGGGGUUGAAACAAAUGAGCUUAAUGCAUUGCAAAAAAACACAGAGCCUGUAUCGAAGGAUAGGACUGAUUCAAGCAGCCAGCAGGAAACUGUUCUCUGUGGACUUGGCUCAGUUUAUGCAAAUUGGAUUAAAAGCCCGGAUAGAACAGGUGUGAAUUUCUCUGCAAUGAAUUCUAAUUUAAGAGACCUUACCCCAUCACACCAGUUAGAAGUUGGUGGUGGGUUCAGAAUGAAUGAGACAAAGUGCCAGACGCAAGAAGACUCUCGGGGCAUGUUUCUGGAUGCUUCAAUUUUCUGUCCAUCAGAAGAAGGACUUUUGACUAGUUUUGGAAGAGCACUACUUAGUGGUGAUAGUGUCCUGGAUGGAAAUGGAACACCACUUAAUCCACCUCAAAAGAAAAAGGUCUCGUUGCUAGAAUACCGUAAAAGACAACGAGAAGCAAGAAAAAGUGGAUCUAAACCAGAGAGCUUAUCAUUGGUAACACUUUCUCCUCACUCUGAGGGAAUUGCCAGUAUUUCUGGUAAUUGUAUUGCCACAGAAAAUUGUUGCAGCACUGCAGAGAUUGUUGAGCAACCAGAAAAUGAUGCUAAUUUAGCACUACCACUGCCUGCCGAAGUCCAGACUUUGCCUCCAGAAGAGAUGGAACAAAGCUCUCCAGCCACAGAUCCAAAUUCAUCAGAGAAAAAUGAUCCAGAGGUUCAGUGGACAGCUUCAACAUCUGUGGAGCAAGUGAGAGAAAGGAGCUAUCAUAGAGCCUUGCUCUUAAGUGAUCACAGGAAAGAUAAAGAUAGUGAUGUAGACCUAGAAAUUGGAGACCAGGCAGAUGUAAAAGAGUGCCAGUCUCCUGAUGAUAAUACAGACAAAGAUUGUAACAGCCCCCAGCAGAAAAAACUUAAUUCUUUGGGCUCUACAUCUCAUGGGAAGGUUUCCUUAAAGGCUGACCCUCUCCAGGAAACUGUGACUGCCCCAGUAAAUGAAACUGUAAACCAAUCUAAAUUGGACCAACAGCAGAAACAACUGUCACUUGCGAAGUCCCAACUUACUCAACCUCAUUCACAGAAGCUGCCUUCAACACCCUUAAAGUUGCAUUGUCCUUCUUCACCUCAUCUGGAACAUCCUCCAAAGUCAUCAACGCCACAUACUCCAGUCCAGCAUGGAUAUUUGUCACCAAAGCCUCAUUCACAACAGUUAGGGUCUCCUUAUAGACCUCAUCAUCAGCCACAUCAGGUUGGGACACCACAGAGGGAACCUCAUAUAAACUUUUACCCAGUAGCGCAAAAUCUACAGCCUGCAAAUCCCCAGCCAUCAGGUGGACAAAUAUUUUCCCAGGCAUCGGCAGGACAGUGCUCAACGGUUUAUACUUCCUUUAAUCAACAGACUGUGAAUAAUUCUGCUCCACCUCCACCUCCUCCUCCACCAACACCGAACUAUUAUCAAAACCAGCAACCCACUGUUAGCUUUCAGAAUUACAGUCAAAUAAAAGGCAGUAUUUCACCCCAAACUGUGUUUACACCUUGCCCAAACCAAGGCCAUUCUACCACCACUGGGCAACCAGCAAUUCAAGGUCAUCAUGUGAAUUCAGGACAUUACCUGCCUUCUCAGAGCGCUGCUGUAUACCCUCAGAAUACAUCAACGGGUGUACCACCUCCUCCACCACCACCACCACCUGGUUGUCACCAACAGCAUGCUGUCCAACAUGUGUCAGGUCCAGUUCAUGCAGUACCCGUAGCUAGUGGCACAAUUAUACAUUCUCAAACAUCUGGGCACCAUUUACCACCACCACCCCCUCCACCUCCUGGUCCAAGUCCCCAUCACACUCACCUGCAACAUGUAACAGCAGGGCAUCAGGGUCUGCAAGCGCAACACCAGCAUGUUUUAAAUACAGCUCCUCCUCCUCCCCCGCCACCACCCCCACCCCCACCUCAGGCAACAAACGUUUUAGGUGGUAGUGCUCAUCAUUCAUCAUCGGCACAAGGAUUGCACAUACAGACUCAUCAAGGACCUCCAGUUUUCCCCUCUGGAGCUCAUCAAGGAGUAACAUCAUAUCCCACUCAAGCUCCUCUUCAUAACCCAGUAGUACCUGUUCCACAACACCAAACUUCUGCAGCAGGACCACACCAUCCAAUUCCUGGCCAGGGCUCUCAUAUUCAGCCACAAGGACCAAAUAGUAUUGCAACUACUGCUGGUUUCUGUCCUCAUCCAGGCAAUGUAAACCUCCCCCAUGGGGUGCAAGGACCUCAGCAGGCAUCAGCAGUGCCUGGGCAAAUAUCUGUUCACAGACCACAGGUGCCACCAACUUUCCAAAACAAUUACCAUGGCUCAGGCUGGCAUUAGAUUUGGAUCUCCUGCGCUUAAAACAUUUUAAAAAUGUUAUGUAAAGUAACCUGUAUAUUUUAUAUGUACCUUAUGAAGGUACUUUUUAAACAUGUAUAUGAAACUUUGUAAAUUCAAAUACCAGUGUGCUUUCAUUGCAUUUUUAUUUUAUUUCUUUUUUUUUUUAUAUGUCUGAAAACUAUGUGCUUCUAUGCCAGUAUUGAGUCUUUAUAGUAAGUAAACAUUCCAGUUUUUU